AUACGCUUGCCUUGGCAGCUUGGCAGACUCGACUCGACUGAGAAUCGACUGGACACAUUCAUCCAGAUCUUGGCACGGGUACGCUGGCUACAUGAGAGGGUUGGUGGCCGCGAGACGAUUGUAUCAUAGUUUCAAAACCACCACACCACACCACCACCACCACCACCACCACCAUGAUUCAAAUAUUGCCUAAACUGUUUAGAAAAAGGUUGAAACGAAAUAGCUCCAGCACCAUGCUCCACACUUCAACAGCGACCACCACAACAGAACUCGAGACUUGGAGUUUAUCAGAGAACCGAAACAGAGACAAACGCCAGACUACAUGUACCGCGCCGCAUCACAGUGGAUGAUACCACACAAAGUCUAGCAACAUCAGAUGGCCACAAUUCUCCUGUCACCACUACACUGCAAGAGAACAUUGGAUUCCUGACAGUGGCUGCUGGACUGUGCUUGUUUGUGGCUUGGAUUCAUGGUCUUUGCUUGUGUAUAUUCUUUUGGAUCUGAUGUAUCUUUGUCUUUGCUGGGAAUACCCUGGAAAUUUUCUGAGAGUUGGCUAUGAGGGGGGGCUGAAACGGGCUGCUUUGGCUUCCAUGUGGUGGGUGUAACGAUUGUAGUUGUUCUUCCAUUGCAUUCAUAAACGCCACGGUUUUGCUUCCAGAUGGCCGUCAUACCCAUGUUGUUCCAUCCACCUACCCUGCAACAAUCCUUGGUGCGGUCACAGAUACUAGCUAGUAGAUGACGUCGCACCGAGCUAGCUAGAGCUGGGUCUUGCCUUUUCAUGGACUCAACGAUUGACUCGACUGACCCAACUCGACCCGACUGGACAGCAACUAACUAACUGGAAAUAGCCAGCUUCGCAUGCAACCCAGACAGAUCUUCCCGGUAGCUGCAAGACAAUAUUGUAUCAUACACAUGUAGUUUCAAAAUCAUCACAACCACCACCAUGACUCGCCCUCGAAGAAUAUUACCCAAACUUUUGAGAAGAAUGUUGAAACGAAACGGAUCCAGCACCAGGACCGGCACUUCAACAGCAACCACCACAGGGGAACUCGAGUCUUCGAGCUUUUCUUCUAUGCAUAACAGCAGCAUACGGGUGCACCAGAGAACCAAACCAGAGACAAACAUCAGACUACCCGUACCAAGCCACACUACAGUGGACACCACACAAACAAGUCCAGCAGCAACAUCAGACAACUCUAUCACCACUACGCUGGAAGAGAACAUUGGAUUCCUGGCGGUGGCUGUUGGAGUGUGCUUGUUUGAGUCUUGGAUCCAUGGCAUUCACUUGUGGUAUUAUGCACCAAUUGCAAUGUUGAUAGUUCCGCCCCUCUUUCCCGUCUUACUUCUACCCAUGGGGCGCAAUAUAAGUGCCACCAUCACUGCUUCCGUGCAUCUGUCCCUCUUGGCUCUGUUGUCCAUGAUGAUUUUCCCUUUUCUCGGCAUGGUCUUUUGGCUUGGCUUUAUCAUUGUCUCUACUGGGCACAAGCUGGAAAGUUUGCUGGCAGUUGCCCAGAAUGGCUAUCAGGGGCUGAAACGGGCUGCUAGUGGCAUAACAGCGCAAGCUCGGGAUCCACUCGAGGAGCAGCUGCAACAGUAACUUAAUUACAAGUAAAAAGAAUUACAUUCC